ACGGUGGGACCACCCGUGGGAGCAGGGUGGCCAACUAAUUGCACCCCUAAUCCCACUUCGGAAGGAACGGUGCGGCAACAUUGUAAAUAGAUGGGAGCAGGUCAGUUUAGGCAGAUUUAGCUGUUCAGAAUCCACGCGACAGACUCAUUCGAGUACCAGGUUUCAAAGCAGUUGGAGGUACCGUCUUGUACCGAGUCCGCUUUGAGCGCGCUACAAUGGUUGCUAUCAACGGACAAACAAACUUGUGCAGUGUUCCUGCUGGUGUUCCCGCGAGUGUUCCUGCCAGUGUUUCACAACCGAGUCCUUCAGCUUCGAACAGCGACAGUGUUAAUGGAAACUUCCGAGUGAUCAUGGACACUUCGACCACUGCUGUUGGUGCCAGCAGCAGGGGUGCCGGCAGAGUCACAGACAAUCGACGGAGCAAUAAGCCAAUCAUGGAGAAGCGAAGACGGGCGAGGAUCAACAAUUGCCUCAACGAACUGAAAACCCUGAUUCUAGACGCCAUGCAAAAAGAUCCGGCCAGACACUCCAAGCUGGAAAAGGCCGACAUUCUGGAAAUGACCGUAAACUACCUGCGCACCCUCCAGCGCCAAAAGCAGACCAUGUCUACUGUUGCCGACCCAGCCUCUGUAGGUAAAUUCCGGGCGGGGUUCACCGAAUGUGCCACCGAAGUAGACCGAUUCCCAAACAUGGACCCUGUAGUGAAACGCAAACUCCUCCAGUACCUGGCCAGUUACCUGAACCAGACCUGCAAGUCACCAGACGCGCCCCAAGUCCAAGUGCACAUCUUGCCCAACCCCCAGCGGUCUCCUGAGCAACAGGUGCCUCAGCCCGGCAUCAUUCUGAGCAACGGCUCUGGAUCUGGGGUGCAACUGGUGCCCACUCGGCUCCCCAACGGCGACAUUGCUCUGGUUCUGCCAGCGUCGGCUCAGAACCAGCACGCUGUGCCCACGCCAGUGCCACUGUUGGUGCCGAUCGAGCCAGAGCGCGGCGCCCGAUCAGUUUCUGAGGCAUCCAGCUACAGUCCCAGUCCUGAGCCCAUGGACCUAGUGUACUGUUCGGCGCAGCAGAAGCCUCUGUCGUUGGUGGUGCGGAAGCCGGAUCAGUGCGAGGAGAAUUUACCUGAGUCGGUUUGGAGGCCUUGGUGAAAUUCGGGAUCAGUCCAGAGACUGCAGUAGUUGACUCUA